CAAUAACCUUACCCCGUAUAUCGCAAUCCCGCCAUCUUCAUCGCAGUACCCGCUUCUUUGAUCGUGUUAUUUGGCUAGAAGCAAACGAAACGUUCCUCUUCACCAUCGACGAACAUCCUUACUCCGUAUCUAGCAAGCCCGCCAUAGCCUCCAGUAUGUACUUUCUUCUUCCAAUUUUUGUUUCCUCUAUACGAUUAAUAAGGCUGAAAUUUUCUAUUUGCCUUGAGAGAACCGAGCGAGCUCUGUCUUCGACUUCCAUGGCAGAAAGUGUACUGUUUAUCUUCUUCACAAGAAAGAGAAUGGAAGGAAGUGAAACACCAAACACCUAUGCACUAGCGCAUAGGGCUUUAAGUUCAAAACGUAGCUUGAGAAGAAAGUCCAUACAUUGGUGGUUUAAUGUUCAAACAUGGUUUAUGAAUACCAUAUUGUGGAUGUUUGUUGCAUUAUCUACAAGGUGUAGACGGACACAACGUAUUCGUUAUAUAAUAGAUAAUUAUUCCAAGAGGGAGGGAUUUUUUAAGAGAUUAGUACAUGGGCCUGAAGCAAACUGCAUAUCCCAAUUGCGGAUGAGUCGUGUUGCUUUUUUGAAACUUUGUGAUAUGUUGGUUACAAAUGGUGGGUUGAAACCAACCAAACAUAUGAUAGUAGAAGAACAAGUAGCUAUUUUUCUACUUGUAUUAUCCCAUCAUCGAAAAAAUAGAACAUUAAUAACGGAGUUUCAAAGAUCUGGGAGAACAAUCAGUACAUGCGUUGCUAAGGUAUUACAUGCGGUGUUACAACUGCAUUCGAUUUUGUUUGCCAAACCUAAAGCAAUUACAAUGGAUUGCAAUGAUGAUCGAUGGGGAAUAUUUCAGAAUUGUGUGGGUGCACUAGAUGGCACUUAUAUUGAUGUUCAUGUAUCACCCAAAGAUCAUAACCGAUUUCGUUCUCGAAAAGGAGACAUUGCUACUAAUGUACUUGGGGUGUGCAAUCCACAAAUGCAAUUCAUCUAUGUUUUUCCUGGGUGGGAGGGAUCAGCCGCAGAUGGUAGAGUUUUGCGAGAUGCCCUCACAAGAAGGUUUCGAGUUCCACAAGGAUGCUAUUAUUUGGUUGACGGAGGGUAUGCAAAUUGUGAAGGAUUUCUUGCACCUUAUAGAGGACAAAGGUAUCAUUUGUCUGAAUGGCAAAACAAUAAUAACCCUCAUAAUGUGCAUGAAUAUUUUAAUAUGAAGCACUCACAAGCUAGGAAUGUGAUUGAGCGUGGAUUUGGAUUACUUAAGAAUCGAUGGGCCAUCUUACGGAGUGCCUCAUGGUAUCCUAUUCGUAUGAGCUGUCGGAUAAUAGUGGCAUGUGCUUUAUUACAUAACUUCAUUCGACGUGAACACGAUAUUGAUCCAAUGGAGGAUGAGGAGAUAGAAGAAGAUGAAGAUGAUGAUGAAGAAGACGAAGAAGAGAAUUUUGGUGGAGUUGACUUAUGUCCUACUGAAGCAUGGACUGCAUUUCGAGAAGAUUUAGCACCAGAAAUGUACAACGCUUGGAUGGCUUAGAAGGCAUUAUCAAAGAACAAUUUAUGUUUUUUUUGAAGACUUUUGAAUUAAGUAUGAAACUCUAUUUAUCAUUGUUUGUAAAAAUGGUUUUUUGGCAGUGAUAGACACUAGACAGUGUGUGCAUGUGUUUAGUAGACUACUAGUUUUGUUUACAACAAUAUGUUCCUCCAGCAUAACUGAAGUGUUAGGGGAGUGGUUAUUCACAGGAAGUACUUGUAUGGAGCUACUGUUUUGUUUGCCAUUGACAUCAGUCUUCAUGGUAUUGCUGUAAUUACAUGUUUGGAUUUUCUGGAAAUUCGUUUCUUUUGUUUAGCUCAUCUUAUCAUUGUAACAUUGACAAUGUAAUGUUAAGCACAUCAACAGUUGGCUGCCC